ACUUGAUCAUCUUACAGACACUCAAAGUGGACUCUAAAAUAAUCAUUGACACAUUACGGGGAACUAUUAACUUAUGCGUUAUGACUAAGUCUAAUUUGUUGUGAGCCUAUACUUCAGAGAUUAACAUACCUCCACACUACCUACUUUGUUAGUUUAAUUGUGUGACAACUAGGAAUAUAUUUUACACAUUUUAAAGAAAUCUUUAGUCAUGUGUAUGUGGUCAUUAGUUUUGUUAACGCUUCUGGCUUUCCAUGGGCAGUUAUCUUCAUCGGAAAACAUCCCCUGUAAUGUUCGGGAUGCAGAAGCAGGCUACAUUUGCGUAUGCAAUGCUACGUAUUGUGAUACGAUUGAGCAGCCUAAAGCUCUUCCCAGAGGCUCUUACUACCAUUACAGCACAUCUAGUACUUCUCCUGGGUUUACUAUGGAUAAAGGACGGUUUAUGGACUCUGCAAGGAACUCAACACUUGGAAGUUCUAAGGAUGUAUUCGUAAGAAUAAACUCUGGUGUACAAUAUCAGACUUUUGAAGGAUUCGGAGCCUCCAUGACUGCAGGGGCAGGAAUUAUGAUCACCUCUCUUCCUUUAGCCGCUCAACAGAACCUUAUAGAAUCAUACUUUGGGGUGACAGGCCUAGAAUACAGCAUGAUCAGAGUCCCCAUCGCUGCUUCGGACUUCUCUCCUGACAACUACACCUACGAUGACGUCCCAGGAGACGUGGCAUUGGAGCACUUCAGCUUAACAGCUGAUGAUUACCAACUGAAGAUCCCUCUUCUCAAAAUGGCGAUUAAUGCAAGUAAAAGAGGAAUAAAACUAAUCGGUUCAUCGUGGUCAGCUCCUUACUGGAUGAAAACCAACAAUAAUUGUAGACUUGGAUUAAUUUACAACAAAUACCUCGGAGUUUGGGCCAACUAUCAUUUGAAAUUUUUGCAAGCGUACAAACAGAACGGGGUUGAUUUCUGGGCUAUCACUCUAGGUAAUGAGGUGAGCCUUGGAAUGCUUUUUGGUCCGUGGUUUCCAAUACAGAACACUCUGUUGCCACCACUAGUGGCCAGAUACUGGACUAAAAAGUACUUGGGGCCUUUACUCAAAUCAUCCAACUUUAGUAAUGUGAAAAUCUUGGCCUUGGACGAUCAGAGGCCAUUCAUGGGGUGGUAUAUGGAUAGGAUGUUUGCUGAUCCUGAAGUUGCGCAAUACAUUGAAGGUGUUGCAAUUCACUUUUACCUUGAUAGCAACAGUAAUCUGAAGAACUUGAAAGAGUUUCACGAUAAGUAUCCAGACAAGAUGGUUCUGUAUACUGAAUCUAGCAUUAGUGCUUUUAAUGGAGGUGGACAUGCUGUAGAGUUGGGUGAUUGGGACAGAGCUAGGAUGUAUAUUGAGAGUAUCCUUACAAACCUGAACAACUGGGCAGUGUGCUACAUUGAUUAUAACAUGGCAUUGAAUGACCAAGGUGGCCCCACAGGGUUUGCCAACCUGACCCUGGACGCUGCCGUCAUUGUCAACAAGACGAGCGGAGAGUUCUACAAGCAACCGCUGUUCUAUGUCAUGGGACAUUUUUCAAAAUUUAUUCCUCCAGGAUCUAAGAGUAUCAACGUUACUAUCAAUCAACCUUUCAAAGCUGGAGAUUAUUUUGAUUAUGAAUUUGAUGGGCAAAGAAUCAUGAGGAGACAGGUUAAUGCGGGAGAUAAUGUUCUUAUUGACGUUGUGAGAUCUUCGCCACCUCCUUCUCCCACUCCGUUUCCCACCAGAAAACCCAUUCCUCCGGCCACCUCAGUUAUGGCUUUGGCUUCAUCCAACCCAGAUGGAAGCUACUCUGUCGUAGUCUACAACCCGAGAUCUGAGCCUGUAAAUAUAAUAAUUAUCGACCCGAAGAUAGGAUUUGCCAACCAAACCGUUGCAGGAAAAUCACUUAAUACUUUUGUAUACUGGUGAAGUGUCUGGAAUAUAAAUUUUUAUUAUCCAAUAAAUUGUUCUAAAACUCA